AUGAGCGACUCGAAAACGAUCCUCAUCCCGGGGCCCAGAGGAGUGCCUCUGCUGGGAAACAUUUAUGAUAUCGAGCAAGAGGUGCCUCUGAGAAGUAUUAAUGUGAUGGCGGAUCAAUAUGGCCCUAUCUAUCGACUGACAACGUUUGGCUGGUCCAGAGUAUUCGUCAGCACCCACGAACUCGUCGACGAAGUCUGCAACGAAGAGCGAUUCACAAAGAUCGUCACAGCGGGAUUGAAUCAGAUUCGAAACGGGGCUCACGAUGGUUUGUUCACGGCCAAUUACCCAGGGGAGGAAAACUGGGCGAUUGCUCAUCGUGUGCUCGUUCCGGCCUUUGGACCUCUGUCCAUCCGAGGCAUGUUUGACGAAAUGUACGACAUCGCGACGCAGCUCGUCAUGAAAUGGGCGCGACAAGGACCGACCGUUCCUAUUAUGGUGACCGAUGAUUUCACCCGAUUGACCUUGGACACCAUCGCCCUUUGCGCGAUGGGAACCCGUUUCAAUUCUUUCUACCACGAGGAGAUGCACCCUUUUGUCGAGGCCAUGGUGGGCCUGUUGCAGGGAUCCGGUGACCGGGCUCGUAAACCGGCGCUGCUCAACAAUCUGCCCACGAGUGAGAACGCAAAGUAUUGGAACGACAUCACCUUUCUACGGAAUCUAGCGCAGGAAUUGGUCGAAGCACGGAGGAAGAAUCCCGAGGAUAAGAAGGAUCUUCUGAAUGCUCUGAUCUUGGGGCGUGAUCCCAAGACUGGCAAGGGCUUGACCGACGAGUCGAUCAUUGACAAUAUGAUCACAUUCCUAAUUGCUGGUCAUGAAACGACGUCCGGCCUGCUCUCCUUCCUCUUCUACUACCUGCUGAAAACCCCCCAUGCAUACAAGAAAGCGCAAGAGGAGGUUGACUCUGUCAUUGGACGGCGGAAGAUCACUGUGGAGGAUAUGUCCAAGUUGCCGUAUCUCAACGCUGUGCUGCGAGAGACGCUGCGUCUGAAGUCUACAGCCCCUCUAAUUGCCGUACAUGCACACCCAGAGAAAAACAAGGAGGAUCCCGUGACCCUGGGAGGCGGCAAGUAUGUAUUGAACAAGGAUGAGCCCAUUGUGAUCAUCCUGGACAAGCUGCACCGCGACCCCCAGGUCUAUGGCCCCGAUGCAGAAGAGUUCAAGCCGGAGCGAAUGCUCGACGAGAACUUCGAAAAGCUUCCCAGGAACGCCUGGAAGCCGUUCGGCAACGGGAUGCGGGCCUGCAUCGGCCGCCCUUUUGCCUGGCAGGAAGCCUUGCUGGUAGUGGCCAUCCUGCUGCAGACCUUCAACUUUCAGAUGGACGAUCCCAGCUACGAUCUUCGCAUAAAGCAGACGCUCACCGUCAAACCAAAGGGCUUUCACAUGAGAGCAACUCUGAGGCAUGGUCUGGAUGCUACCAAACUCGGCAUUGCCCUGAGCGGCACCGCGGACAGUGCGCCGCCAGAGAGCUCGAAAGCGGCGAGCAGGGCUCGCAAGCAAGCUCCUCCGCCUGGUCAGCUCAAACCGAUGCACAUCUUCUUUGGAAGCAACACAGGGACAUGCGACACAUUUGCGCGCAGAUUGGCCGACGAUGCCGUGGGAUAUGGAUUUGCUGCCGACGUCCAGUCCCUGGAUUCCGCCAUGGAGAAUGUUCCGAAAGACGGACCUGUGGUGUUCAUCACGGCAUCAUACGAAGGCCAACCUCCCGAUAAUGCUGCUCACUUUUUCGAGUGGCUCAGCGCCUUGAAGGAAAAUGAGCUCGAGGGUGUUGAUUAUGCCGUGUUUGGCUGUGGUCAUCACGAUUGGCAGGCUACCUUCCACCGCAUCCCCAAAGCGGUCAAUCAGCUUGUUGCGGAGCAUGGAGGAAACCGGCUGUGUGAUAUUGGAUUAGCCGACGCGGCCAACUCGGACAUGUUCACCGACUUUGACUCAUGGGGCGAGUCCGCCUUCUGGCCCGCAAUCACAUCCAAGUUUGGAGGUGGAAAGUCCGACGAGCCUAAAUCGUCAUCCAGUCUGCAGGUAGAGGUCAGCACGGGAAUGCGCGCCUCGACCCUAGGUCUUCAGCUCCAGGAAGGAUUCGUGGUCGACAACCAGUUGCUUUCGGCGCCCGACGUCCCGGCCAAGAGAAUGAUUCGGUUCAAACUCCCUUCGGAUAUGAGCUACCGAUGUGGAGAUUACCUGGCUGUGCUGCCCGUGAACCCGAGUAGCGUCGUUCGCCGGGCCAUUCGACGUUUCGAUAUUCCCUGGGAUGCCAUGCUCACGAUCCGCAAAACGAGCCAGGCCGUCAAGGGCUCCACAUCGAUUCCCCUUGACACGCCCAUCUCGGCUUUCGAACUUCUCUCCACCUAUGUGGAGCUCUCUCAGCCGGCCUCUAAGCGCGAUCUGACGGCACUGGCAGACGCGGCCGUCACCGACGCCGACGUGCAGGCUGAACUGCGCUAUCUCGCCUCAAGUCCCACUCGAUUCGCCGAGGAAAUCGUCAAGAAACGGAUGAGUCCGUUGGAUUUGCUGGUCCGGUAUCCUUCAAUCAAGCUGCCUGUCGGCGACUUCUUGGCUAUGCUCCCGCCCAUGCGGGUCCGUCAAUACUCCAUCUCCUCUUCUCCGCUGGCGGAUCCUUCCGAAUGUUCGAUCACAUUUUCUGUGCUUAACGCGCCGUCUCUGGCCGCAGAAUCGUUGCCACCCGCCGAGCGAGCAGAAGCUGAGCAGUACAUGGGAGUCGCUUCCACCUACUUGUCCGAGCUGAAGCCGGGCGAGCGUGCGCAUAUCGCCGUGCGGCCGUCUCAUUCCGGCUUCAAGCCGCCGAUGGAUCUGAAGACACCAAUGAUUAUGGCGUGCGCGGGAAGCGGACUUGCGCCCUUCCGCGGGUUCAUCAUGGAUCGCGCCGAGCAGAUCCGGGGGAGGCGCAGCYCGAUCGGAGCUGAUGGCCAGCUUCCCGAGGUCGGACGGCCCGCCAAAGCUAUACUCUACGUGGGCUGCCGCACCCAAGGCAAGGAUGACAUCCACGCGGCCGAGCUUGCGGAGUGGGCUCAACUGGGCGCUGUGGACGUGAGGUGGGCUUACAGCCGGCCCGAGAACGGGUCCAAGGGCCGUCAUGUGCAGGAUCUGAUGCUGGAGGACCGCGAAGAAUUGGUCAGUCUGUUUGACCAGGGCGCUCGGAUCUAUGUGUGUGGCAGCACAGGCAUAGGGAACGGGGUGCGCCAGGCCUGCAAGGACAUUUACCUGGAGAGGAGACGCCAAUUGCGACAAGAGGCACGGGAACGUGGUGAUAUCCCUGCAGAGGAUGACGAGGACACUGCGGCCGAGCAGUUCUUGGAUAAUCUAAAGACAAAGGAGCGAUACGCGACGGAUGUAUUUACUUGA